GUUGCAGAGUCAAAAAAAAAAAAAGUCUUGCAAGCAAGCAUGAACCACGAACCAGUCGGGCCAGCAAGGGGUCUACCAGAGCCAGGCGGGGUGGAGGGGCUGUAGAGUCUUGAACUUGGGGGCCCGCUUCCUCUCCCCACUCCCAAGCAUCCAAGUGGCCCAGUGGUGAAGAGGACAUGGGAUGUGAGGGCCACAGCCAUCUGUAAGUCUUCUGAGGAGAUGGCAGGGUUCUGAGACUCCCCCCAGGGGCAGUCUGAGGGGCUCCUAGAAAACGACCCGAGGUUCUUCUCCAGUUUUGCUCUGCUACCUGUUCUCAAGCGACUAGCCUGUGCCUGCAGGCUGAGGGACUCAGGGCCUGGGCCCCUCCUUCCUGUUCAGAACAAGGCAUCCUCCCUCCUCUUUCCCACACUGCACCUCUGUGGUGCAUCUACUCUGCUCCGGGCAGAUAGGGCCUGGGCUUGGCCGUGAACUGCCAGGCUUUGAAGCAGCAGCAAGGGCUCACUCGGGCAGAAGCCGAGCCGUGGAAAUAAGUCUCUAGCCAAGGGCUCAACCAGAGGAACGCCUGAGGGUCCCCUAUGGUUACCUUCUCAGCAAGGAGGUGGAGUGGGGGGCUUGAUAAAGACCCCAGAGGUGCAGACCUGGCAUGAUCAGGGAAGGCCUCGUCCCUUGCCCAUUCCCAGAGCCUUUGCACCCAGCAAGGGUGGCCUGGCACCGGCUGGCAGCCUGCUCUCAGAGGGCGCGGGGAGGAUGCACCCGACCCCUGGUGGCAGCUGCAGCAGGCGCAGGAGGGCAGCUUGCAGCUGGGUGUGCGUGGGUGGAAGCCAGGAGGGGCGGAGGGAGGAAGCUGGCUUCCUGGAGCCUCUCAGUCCUCAAAGAUAGACGGACUGACAGACAGCUGGCAAAAGGCAGCCUGGGGACACAGCUGCGUCAGCAGGCCUCAUGGCUGAGUGAGGCUUCCUUGAGCCCAGCAAUCUACCCCAGCAUGGUCCAGGCCUGUGAGGGGCGCUCCAGAGCACAGCCACCGACCUUGUCUUUGGGGGCAGCCAUGACCCAGCCUCCACCCACCAAGGCUCCGGCCAAGAAGCAUGUGCGGCUGCAGGAGAGAAGGGGCUCCAGCGUGGCUCUGAUGCUGGAUGUUCGGUCUUUGGGGGCUGUGGAACCCAUCUGCUCGGUGAAUACACCCCGGGAGGUCACCAUACACUUUCUGCGCACAGCCGGACACCCCCUUACACGCUGGGGUCUGCAGCACCAGCCACCCAGCCCCAAGCAGCUAGAGGAGGAAUUCUUGAUCCCCUCAAACUUUGUCAGCCCUGAAGACCUGGAUAUCCCUGGCCAUGCUUCCAAGGACCGAUACAAGACCAUCUUGCCAAAUCCCCAGAGUCGUGUCUGCCUUGGCCGGGCCCAUAGCCAGGAAGAUGGCGACUACAUCAACGCCAACUACAUCCGAGGCUAUGAUGGGCAGGAGAAGGUCUACAUUGCCACCCAGGGCCCCAUGCCAAACACUGUGGCGGACUUCUGGGAGAUGGUGUGGCAAGAAGAAGUGUGCCUCAUUGUCAUGCUCACCCAGCUCCGAGAGGGCAAGGAGAAAUGUGUACAUUACUGGCCCACCGACGAGGAAACCUAUGGGCCCUUCCAGAUCCGCAUCCAGAGCAUGAAAGAACACCCAGAGUACACUGUGAGGCAACUUACCAUCCAGCACCAGGAGGAACGCCGCUCGGUAAAGCACGUGCUCUUCUCGGCCUGGCCAGACCACCAGACUCCAGAAUCGGCAGGGCCCUUGCUGCGCCUGAUGGCUGAGGUGGAGAGCUCGGAGACCGCUGCCAACUCCGGGCCAAUCGUGGUUCACUGCAGUGCAGGGAUCGGCCGGACAGGCUGCUUCAUUGCCACCCGCAUCGGCUGCCAGCAGCUGAAGGCCCGAGGGGAAGUGGACAUUCUGGGCAUCGUGUGCCAGCUGCGCCUGGACAGAGGAGGCAUGAUCCAGACUGCCGAGCAGUACCAAUUCCUGCACCACACGCUGGCCCUGUAUGCAGCCCAGCUGCCCCAGGAGCCCAGCCCCUGACCCCCCAGCCCUCCACAGGUCCAGGAGCCAACCUCCCCUCAGGGCUGGGACAGUGGAUCUGGGGAAGUGGGCUGUGUGCUCCGAGACAGCUUCUUCAUAAGCACAGUAAUGAGAAUGCUUACAGUCCCAGGAAAAUGCUCCAGCCAGCAACAGGGGCCGGGCCGCGGGUCUUCACCGCCGACUGUUCCUCUGCCUCCUCCGGUGGCCUCCAGUGGACUAUGGGGGAGCCUCCAGUGGACUAUGGGGGGCCUCCAGUGGACUAUGGGGGAGCCUCCAGUGGCUCUGAACUUACAGCUGGUACUUGGAGUGGAUUGAGAACAAAGCUGCGGUGCUGGUCUUAUCUCAUAUGCUCUCUGCGGCCUUCCUACCCUGUUAAUGACACAGAGUCAGUCCUUCGCUGCUGUCAUUGAAGCAAACAGAAUGGCCCCGAAAGCCGUUCCAGAUGUAGCCACGCAGCUGGGGCUGCUGAGACAGUAAACUACAGGAUUCUCUUCCAUAAAGCCUUGCCCGCAAACAGGCCAGAUGCAAGAGCGGGGGAAAGUCUGGUCUAACCUUGGCUAAAUCCUCUACAUCCUACAUAGACUGCUCCUCCCCACACACCUGCGAGUGUCAGAUGAACCCCCCCCCCC